GUACGAAUCGGAAUUUUCCUGCGUUUUCUGCGUCCUCCGCUCCUCCUCCCUCCAUAAUUCUUUUCUUUUGACCAUCACUCUCUCUCUCUCUCUCUCUCCCCUCUCUCUCCUCUCUGCACUUUUCUAGGUCUCUUUUUUCUUUGCCAUCUUCUCUAAUAAUUCUUAUAUUCUUGUUCCUUUCUCCGAAGUUCGAGCUUGCUCGGCUGCUUUUUCUUCUCUCUCUCACUCAUUCCUCUUCUCUCUACCUUCACCGCUCCGGCGUUCCUAAUCACUCUCAAUGGCUGCCUUCCCUUCAUCAUUCGACGCCCCGAUCGCGCAAUCGGCGUCGGCUUCGUCCUCUGGACCAGCCGAUGACUGCUUCGAGGACGCCUGCAGCAUAUGUCUCGAGCCCUUCACCACUUAUGAUCCUGCUGCUGUUACCAAUUGCAAGCAUGAAUAUCAUCUUCAGUGCAUACUUGAGUGGUCACAAAGGAGCAAGGAGUGCCCUAUAUGUUCACAAUUUCUUUGCCUGAAGGAUCCUGUCAGCCAAGAAUUGCUAGCUGCAGUGGAGAGUGAAAGGAACUUGAGGCCAAGCCGCAUAUCAAUCACUUCUGAGGACUUUGAAAAUGAGCACGAUGCUCCAUACACAGAUGACUCUGACUUCAAUGAGCGCAUUAUGCAGCAUUUAGCUGCAGCUGCAAGGAGAGCCCGUAUUAUGAGCAGGAGGGAAAGGCGUAGAUUCUCUGGAUUUGGACCCUCACAAGGUUUGGUUUUUAGUGCCACUGCAAAUGCACCUGAGGUGCAGCCAACACAUGCUUCACAUGGCGAAGGUCUAAAUUCUGGUUAUGGGUCAUCUGAGGGCAAUUCGCCAACUUCUAGCAUCACAUCUUCUAUCAAUAAUCAACCUCCAUCAGCAGUGGUUUCUUCUGCAGUGAAUAUGAUAUCAAGCAUAGAGGUCAAUGACAGGGAGGUUCCCCUCAAACCCAGAAUUCUGUAUAGCCAGUCGCCUUCUGAUGGUCCAUGCAGACCAACUCCAUCUGAACUGGUCUCCCUUUCUGAGUCUAUCAAAUCUAAAUUGUCUGCUGCUUCAGCCAGAUACAAGGAAUCUAUCUCAAAAGGUACAAGAGGUUUGAAGGAGAAGCUACUUGCUCGUAAUAAUUCCGUAAAAGAGCUGAGCAAAGGAGUUCAGCGUGAAAUGAGUGCAGGCAUUGCUGGUGUUGCACGAAUGAUCGAGCGUCUGGAUCCUAUGUCAAAACGAACUGGUGUCUCUGUUCCUGUUUCUAGUUAUAAUGUAGGGACCUCAAACUUCUCUUCCAAGGGAAAAGACGUGCAAGAGAAUGUAAUUGAUCAGUCUCUUAAUGGAAAUGACGGUGGGAUUGCACAUGAUAUAAGUGCUGAUAGGCCCUCGUAUGUAUCUGCUAAUAUAUCUGGUCGGCUGGAAGUUCCCCACACACAGGAUGAGCACUAAUGGUGUAUAUAAUAUUAUGGUUGGGAGUGGGUGCCCUAUAUCCGACUUCCCUGGUUUCACCUGCUCGGUGGAAGCUAUUCUCAUGCAAGUGACGAUCGUCAAGAUUCAAUCUGCUGUCAAUGAGAUGGGCGAUUGGUUUGCGUCCUGCAUGAAUUAUGGGGAGUGUAAACGUUAAUUUGGCUGGUACAGAUGAGUCAAGAUCACGCUGCUGCAUUUUCCCUUUAUUUAAAUAAUUAACUUGUUUGUAGGAUUUGUUAUGGUGGUUACAAGUCGGAAGAAUCAAUAGCUAUAUGUAUGAUGAUGUCAAUCCUAGUUUUCUCUUCAGAUAUCUUGCCCAGAUUGGGCUGCAGAAACUCUCUACAACUUCACUUUCUUAGUUAUUGAUUUCUCUUGUUCUUUUUACUCGAAA